AUGUGCAGAAGCGGCGCCACCGCCACACACAAGCCACCACUGCCACCACAACCAGACAAAGGACCUCCACGAGCUCCGCUGCAACCACCCACACCGCACGGGGCUGAAAGCCGAGUCGCACCAUUACUGCCGACCAAACUCACCGAGAAGAGAUCCGCGGGCACCGCCAACCGCCACAAAGAGGGAACUUCUACGGAGGCGAACACAGGGGUCCAAGGCCGAGCCGUCGGCCGCAGCGCGAGCUCUCCGGUCCAGCCGCCCUCGCAGCCACAACAGCCGCCAAUCCACCGAGCGCACACACAGGGCCGCUGCCCCGCCGUCCAGCACCCCUCCCGCCCCUGCAGCCUUGCCGGUGAAGGCCGGGAAGGAGGGCACUGCCUCUGCCCCGGCAACCACAGGCCAAGCCAGCGCAAGCCCGCGCAGGCCCGUAGGAGCCCAUAUGGGCCCGUGCGCGCGCCGCUAAGCCCCGCUUCGCCCUGCUCCGCUGCACCACCACCGCGCCCUGUCUGCAGCCUGGUCGUGUGCCACCACGGCCGCUCGCGGCCCCGCCAGCGCCCAGCCGCCGGCCCACCGCGCCCGCCGCACAUCGCCGCGCUCGGGCGAGCUCCUUCUCACAUGGGGACGCGGGAGGGGGAGAACCUGCCCCACCGUCACCUUCCCCGGGGCGCGCACGGGAUUGUCGGCUCCCCUCCGACGGCGGCGAAGCAAGGGAGAGGGGUGGGGGGCUAG